AACUCCCCCAGAGGCAUUUAUAUCCAUCAGCCCCAGUGGGAUGGUGGCUCUUGGGGAAGAGGUCACCAUCUUCUGCAGAAGUGAGGAGGAAUUUCAUGGAGACUUCUAUCUCACCAGACAUGAAACCUCAUCUGAUGGAGGGAAAACUGUAGCUACCAAGCAGGCAGAAUCCAACAAGGCUGCAUUUUCCUUGACCAAUCUCAACCCAUCAGAUGGAGGCAUCUACAGCUGUAGAUCCCACCUGCGUGAAGACUAUCAGUUCUCAUCUCUCAGUGAGAAAGUCUAUCUCAAUCUAACAGAUCCCAGCCUGACCAAGCCUUCCAUCCAGAUUAAAAAUCAAGAAGAAAAGAGUCCAGAAGCAAAAAUCUCCAUACGGUGCAAGGGGACAAAAGACCUGGCUUUUGCUCUUCUGAAAUCAAGGGAGCAGAUAGCUUACAAGGCUGCAGAGCCAUACAAAAAGGCAGUGGAUUUUCUUCUCCACCAGAGGAGGUUGGAAGAGGCACAAAGUUAUACCUGCCAGUACCACCACAAAAGCAGCCCCUUUGUCUGGUCAGAGCCCAGUGACCCGCUGGAGCUGCCUUGGGAAGUUUCCAAGACGAGCAAGCCCACCAUCAAGACAAUACCCGGAGGGUCCAGUGCUUCAG